UUCACACUUGCACCAAACAAACCGACCUGUGUGCUAGAUAACACUAUCGAUUUCUGAUAAACUGGUUGAUCCAGGAUUUAUAUCAACUGAGCGUGAUCAGAGUGAUGAAGAAUGCGAUGAUGAAGAUGAGGUGGUUUAAACUCCGCCCAUAAACCUCCAUUUAAACAUCAGCUCAACCAUCAAGCAAAACAUCUCGGAUUUAUAUGCUGAUUCUUUGAUGGUAAUGCUGCCAUGCCUCCUCCAUCAGAUAUUGUGAAGGUAGCCAUCGAGUGGCCUGGAGCAAAUGCUCAACUCAUCGAAAUCAACCAGAAGAAACCACUGUCGUCCAUCAUUAGAGAAGUGUGUGAUGGUUGGUCUCUGUCGGGUUCAGAGCAGUUUGCUCUGCGUUACGCUGAUGGUCCACAGCUUUACAUCACUGAACAGAAUCGAGAUGAUAUUAAAAAUGGGACCAUACUGCGAUUAGCCAUCUCUCCUAUGCGUGCUGCCCGACAGCUGUUGGAGCGGAUCCAGUCUCAUAGUAUAGAUGCCCGUCUGGAGGCAUUGAAAGAGCUUGCCAAACUUUCUGCCGACCCCACAUUUGCCACUGAAUUCAUUAACAUGGAAGGGCUGGGAACACUUGCUCAGCUGGUGGAGAGCGGCACACACUUUGGAGAGAUGUUGGCGUUCACUCUCACAGCAUUUCUGGAGCUCAUGGACCAUGGCAUUUUGUCCUGGGAUCUGAUUUCGGUUUCCUUCAUCAAACAGAUUGCAGGUUAUGUGAAUCAGCCAAUGGUAGAUGUGUCGAUUCUUCAGCGUUCACUGGCAAUUCUGGAGAGUAUGGUGCUGAACAGUCACAGUCUGUACCAGCGCGUCGCUCAGGAGAUCACUGUCGGACAACUCAUCGCACACCUGCAAGUGUCUAAUCAAGAAAUUCAGACAUAUGCUAUUGCUCUUAUCAAUGCCCUGUUCCUCAAGACACCAGAGGACAGACGGCAGGAGAUGGCAGGUACACUGGAACAGAAACAUCUUCGUGCCAUCAUACUCAAUCACAUCAUUCGUGGUAAUCGACCAGUAAAAGCUGAAAUGGCACAUCAACUAUACGUGCUGCAGGUUUUAACCUUUACCCUUCUAGAAGAACGCAUGAUGACCAAAAUGGAUCCGAAUGACCAGGCACAGAGAGAUAUCAUCUUUGAACUAAGAAGAAUUGCGUUUGAUGGAGAUAAUGAUCCCAGCGGGACAGAGAAGAGGAAAGCCAUCUACACGAAAGACUACAAGAUGCUUGGCUUUACUAAUCCUUUGAAUCCUGCCGUGGAUUUCACGCAGACACCACCGGGAAUGCUGGCGCUCGACAACAUGCUGUACCUCGCCAAACUACACCAGGACACAUAUAUCAGAAUUGUUCUAGAAAACAGCAGUCGUGAGGACAAGCAAGAGUGUCCAUUUGGUCGCUGUGCUAUUGAACUUACGCGCAUGCUGUGUGAUAUUCUGCAGGUUGGAGAACUGCCGAAUGAAGGGUGUAAUGACUUUCACCCAAUGUUUUUUACACACGAGCAUGCUUGGGAAGAGUUCUUCUGCAUCUGCAUACAACUGCUCAAUAAAACCUGGAAAGAAAUGAGAGCUACGGCCGAGGAUUUUAACAAGGUGAUGACGGUGGUACGUGAGCAGAUCACUAGAGCUCUAGCUAUGAAACCCUCAUCUCUGGAGCAGCUGCGAGUGAAACUGCGCAAUCUGAGUUACUCAGAGAUACUGCGUCUACGUCAGUCUGAGCGAAUGAGCCAAGACGACUUCCAGUCUCCACCUAUAAUUGAGCUGCGUGAUCGUAUUCAGCCAGAGAUUGUAGAGCUCAUCAAACAACAGCGACUGAAUCGUCUGUGUGAAGGAAGCUGUUUCCGCAAACUCGCCAACAGACGAAGACAAGAGAAGUUUUGGUUCUGUCGUCUGUCUUUGAAUCAUAAAGUUCUGCAUUAUGGUGAUCUGGAUGAGUCUCCACAGGGCGAAGUUCCUUUUGAACUGCUCACAGAUAAAAUUUCAGUGUCUGACAUUAAAGCAGUAUUGACUGGGAAAGACUGUCCUCACAUGAAAGAGAAGAGUGCGCUCAAACAAAACAAGGAAGUGUUGGAGUUGGCUUUCUCCAUCCUCUAUGAUCCAGAUGAAGCGCUCAACUUUGUGGCACCCAACAAAUAUGAGUAUUGCAUCUGGAUGGACGGGCUCUCUGCUCUAUUGGGAAAGGAGUUGGGGAGUGACCUCACACGAAGUGACCUCAACACAUUAAUGAGCAUGGAAAUGAAGCUCCGCCUCCUUGAUCUGGAAAACAUUACGAUCCCUGAAGCACCGCCCCCUGUGCCCAAGGAACCCAGUACUUACAACUUCACCUAUAAUUAUGGAUGAGACGUUUGUCCAUUUCCUGUGUUUGCAUUUGCUUGUGUGUGUUUUUCACUCUUUAAAGGUGAAGUGUGUUUUUUUUUUUUCCAAUGUUAAAAUACUUCCUCCUAUCUCAGUGGACUGAGGCAAAACAUUGCUCUGUUUGUUUGAGCGGCCUGACAUGUCAACUUUUUGGCUCAACAAAUGGUGGAAGUUUGGGGUGGGAAUACCUGUUUUACAGAUGAGGGGGAAAUAAGCAAUUCCAUUUGGUGUGGCUGAUGGUGCAGAAAUAACACACUUCACCUGUAGGCUAGUGUGUGUGCUUUUACAUUCACUAGUCUUGGUUUAAAGAGUAUUUUUCAAUUCUUUAUCAAAUGUUGGUAAGGCGGUUCUUCUGACUACAAAUGUUUGAUUAAAAAAGAGCUGGAAUUAUUGCACAGUACACUUUACACAAAAAACAACAACACUACUUUUAUCUGCUACACACUCUUGAAAAACUUGCAUUUUUUCUCAUAUCCCAUGUUAUCAAGUUUACACAAAGAUCAUUUUCUUUGAGGAAAUUAACUAAGAAUGAAUUGCAUCUGCUGAUAUUAAUUUAUUUGCACGCACUGUUUGCAUUGUUAUAGCACCUGAUUUACUUAAGGAAUUAUGCAAAUCAGUUAAUAGCAUAAACAUCCACAAAAUCUGUGCUGAACAUAAUUUGCAUGGCGCAAUUACUGAACUUGCGGGGGUAUGGACUGCAGGAUACAAAAUACUUGUUUUUUUUUUAAUUAUUUUUACAACCUGCUAAUAGUAUGACAUUAAAGGAAAAGUUCACUCAAAAAUUUAAAAUGCUUUUGUAAUUUACUCACCCUUAUGUUGUUCCAAACCACUAUAACUUUCUUUCUUGUGUGGAACUCAAAAGAUGUUGUAGUUCUUUCCCAUUUUUUUCAAUACAAUGGAAGGUGGUAGCAACUUUGAAACUUUUCAAACUUUACAUUUAUGCAGCGAUGUAAUAUGUUAAAAGCCUAUAUGAGUAAAAAUGAAAGAAUAAUUAAGAAUAAAAAAUUAAGAACUUUGUACACCCUACUGUCUGCAGACAACUAAUAUUUACUGACAUUUGCUAUUGUCAAUACAAAUAUAUUUUUGUAUUUGAUGUGAAAGACACUGUAAGAAACAAAGGUUGCUUGAAAGAAAGAAUAAGAGUGAACAAAAAGAUAGAAAUAGUGUUACGUAGUGUAAUAUUGAAUACUGACCCGUACUUUAUGACUAACACAAUUAACUACUGAUGUCAAUGUAUUAUAACCUCUCUGAGGCUGUCAGAUAUAACAAUCAAAAUAGUGAACACUCUGUCCAAAAAACACACUGGCUAUCGCUAUACAAUCCUUUAAAAAUCUGUUAAAUAUUAGCCAUAUCAUUUCAUUCUUGUAGACUACACAUUUAUCUGGGGAUUCCUUUAUUAUAAUAAAAUGGUGCCAUUUAAAUGAUUUACACACCUUAUGUAUUUACCUGUGGUUGCUUUCAUAUUGCUUUGCAAAGUGUACGGUUAUUCCGUGUGAAACUUGAUAAAGAAAAUGUAUAACUCUAAUACUGGUAUAAAAUGGAUUACAAACAAAGGUAUCAUUAUUUGCUCAAAUAUAACUGUUUCAGAUGGUAGAUUGUGUACAUGUUGUUAGUUGGCAGGAAUCAAUGCCAUAUGGAAUAUUGUAUACAUAAUAAAUAUGUAGUGCCUUCAGAAAGUAUUAACUCCCAUUAUUUCAAAUUUAUCAAAAUUAGUAGAUGAAAUCAGCAUUAAAAAUAGUAUUGGAUACAUUUUUCCUCUUAAAAUGUGUUGAAUGUGUUGUUGAAUGAGAAAAAAUAUUUCACUGAUUUAGAAUUCAGUGAUAUAACAGGGACAAAAUACUGAAUACCUGUGUGUGAAUACUUUCUAAAGUCACUGUACGGUAUAUAAACUAUAUAUUGUGCUGCCACAGUAAUUGAAAUGAAUUUGUGUGCCAUAAUAAAAACUUUA